AACAUACCAUUGUUCAUUUUCUGUUCGAACGCUCAACUGUUUAUAUUAAUCAGCUAUCAUUAGGAUUUAUCUCUGCAUAUUUAUUUGUAAACAAACCUGCAUACUUAAUAUAUAUAUUAUAUAUUAUAGACACAUAUAAUUCUGUAAAAGGCAGAAUAAUUUUAUUAUCCUAGUGGAAAUUAAAUCUUUAUUUAUUAAGUUGUCAUUCAGCUGCAGUUGAUCUGAAUCGCAAUUAUCAAUAUGGAGACCGGGCUGGCAGAUACCACCACCAUGACAUCAGAUUCAUCAAAUCCAUCGGAAGAAAGUGAUGAAGAAAAAUUAAUGGGUGAACUCGAUAAUUUUUACAAAGAAAUUGCAAGCAUGGAGAGUGAUGAGGACACAUUUACUUUGAGAGUCAGUGAGGACAGUGGUGUUGAAGAUAAUCUUGAUGACAGUUUUGCUGAUAAGAAUAAUACGGGAGAGUCUAAAGAAGCUGAGUCGUGUGAAAUUUCUGGUAGUCGAGCUAAGAAAAGUGAUAGGAUUUUAAGUGAUGAUUACUAUGAUGGUGGUGAUGAUGAUGAUGAUGAUGAUGAUAAUAAUAACAAUACAGAAAAACCCGAUGAAAAUGGGCAAGCUCUAGUCGUUGAUACCCAAGCCACGGAUAGAGAAAUACAGAAUAAUUACGUGGAAAGUUUGAGUGAAAAAGUUUUAGCUGAAAGUAAUGAACAGGAUGAUGAUAAAAUACGAGAUAUUUACUUGGAAGGUUUGAAUGCUUUCAGUCAAAAUGAUAACCAGCAAGGGGACAAUGAGGUAGAUUUUAGUUCGGCGGAAAAACCGCGAACAGUUUCGCAAGAUACCAGUGGUGAUGAUAAUCAAGUGAAAGUUAGUGAAAAAAAUAUUAAUUUGACAGACGAACAGUGUGAGAGUUUACAGCCUGAACCUGUCGAAAAUUUUGAUCUAGAAGAUGGCGAGCUAGUUAUUAGCCAUGAAAGAAGACAGUGUCAGAGUAAGCAGGUUAACGUUAAUUCUGAUCUAGAAGAAGGUGAAAUAGACGAAAACGACAAAGACGAAAAUGACAUAGAAGUAGAAUUCCAAUCUCUGCGACAUCAGCGAGAAGGUUCUGUUGAGUUGAUUGAAGUGCGCAAUGAAGUAAACGACAGGUUAUUUGGUAUCGAUGUCAGUGAUGUCUCAUCCGAUAUAAGUACAAUAGUCUAUUCAGAUCAUGACUCUUGUUAUGAAUAUGGUACGGAGAGUGUAUGCCCGACAGAAAAUAAUUUUUCUACCAGCGACGAUGACCCGUGGGAGUUGAUAGCGUCCCCGUCAGACGACUGCGUUAUUGUAGAUGACUGUGUUAUUGUAGAUGAAAUUGAGAGCUUGCCGAAGUCUAAUGAUAAUAAUAAGCGCGGAAGUGACCGGCAAGAUGAGACUAAGAAAAAUGAAGAUGAUAAAAGAAAGUCUAAGAAAAGGAGACUGUCGGAUUCGCCAAUUGAUUGCAGUUAUUUUACAGAAGCUGAAGAUGAAUCGAGAAGCAGUGAAAAUGUCAAUGUGGACUACAAUGAUUUAGUCGGAAUUUGUAGCAAAGAAGAGGUCGCAGAGCUGGCUGAUAAUGAGGCUGACGAUGAUUACAAGCCGAAAAAAAAAAAAAAUUACGCGGGUCGCGAACACAACCAUCCACUUUUCCGUGAUAUUGACGUGGAAUUGUGUGAGAGGUUGAUGCGAGUUAAAGAACAGGGUACGAUUAUCAUUCGUCCAAGCAGCAAAGGUUCUGAUUACCUUAAAAUAACCUGGAAAGUAACUGAUGAUAUUUAUCAGCACAUUAAAAUCAAGAAGAAACUUCGCGCGUCUCGAGCAGUCAGAUAUUAUGUAGGCAGUAAAGAUUUUGUAGAUAUUGAUGAAGUUGUAAAUAAGUACGUUAAGCCAAUGGCAGUUAAUGCCCGUACGUUGCUUGAGUUCAAGCAUUACAAGAGUGGGAUCAAUGGCGUGAAAGCAACUGCCGAAGAAUUACUGACAGCGGAAAAAAAAAAAAAUCCCAAUGGUAUUCCGUAUAUAGUGACGGCUGUAAAACGAUCACCUGGUAAAUUUUUGAUAUCGUAUUUGCCUCGAGUUACUUGUUAUCAUGAGUACAUCAAAAUAACACCGGAAGGUUUUCGUUUUCGUGAUCAACCGUUUGAUAAUCUUAAUGAAUUGUUUAUAUACUUUAAAGCAAACUCAAAAGAAGUUAAAAAUGUUUCAUUAAAAGAUGAAACAGUAACAUCUACAACUGCUACUCCACAUCCACAUAUGCCGAGACCACCGACACCACGUCCUCACACACCAAGACCAUCAACACCAGGAGCAGAAUCACCAGAAAUAGAUAUGACUCCAAGAAUUCUGGAAGCUAUCCAGGAUAUUCCGGAUGAGAAAUUAGAUGCAGUUCGUCUUAUCCUCGAACGUUUUACUCAGCCUACUCUUGAUCCAGCAUCAGCAGCAGCAGCAGUUGCUGGUUACGGUCGUAAUCCAGCUCCUUUUUUUAACCAGAAUCCAGCUCCUGUACCAAGACCACCGCCGCCCAGUAUCUACAGUGGAUUCCCUCCUUAUCAGCCUGUUUACUACCCAACAGUAAAUUACUCAGCGUAUCCAUCAGCAUUCAGGCCAUACUUGCCCAAUACCAAUGUGCAUUUUAAUCCACAACCUGUGCCAUAUCCAACCGAAAGGAAUCACGAUCUCUCGGUACUGAAUUACGGGAACAGUGAGAGCGUAACUGUCUGCAACACUACGAGUAUAUACAACAAUCCUGGAGAUGACUUACCACCACCACCUGGCACAAAUUAGCUUCGAUUUAAGUAAGACUUGACUUCGAAAACUUUAGGCAGCCAAGUGCAAGUUCCUGAUGCUGCCAUUGAUCUCAAUUUAUUUUUUUUACGUAUCUAGUUAAUUUUGUAUCUUUAUAUAACUUAAAUAGUAUAUAUUAUAUAUGUUGUCUUCAGUUAAAUAAAUUCUAUAUUCUUUCUACUAAUUAUUAUAUAAA